AUUUGCAAACCACAAAAAAAAAUAUCAACCACUCUCUCUCUCUCUCUCUCUCCAAUUAAGAAAAUUUCUUCAACUACCCCCCAAAACCGAGAAAAAUUUCGGUGGUUAUCGCGGCAGGUCUCUUUAUCCAGGGUUUUAAUAGAAUGAUGAGAGGGUCGAAUUCGGAUCUAUUUGACCCAAGAACGGAGAUGGAGUCCGAUUCUACGCGUGGAGGUUCUGCUUCCGAUGGAGAUUUCGGGUUUGCUUUUAAUGAUAGUAAUUUCUCUGACCGGCUUCUCCGGAUCGAGAUCAUGGGCGGCUCGGCUGAGAGUAGAGCCGAUGGUGAAGGGUGCACGAGUAUUAUUGAUUGGGCUAGGCAUCGUAAGAGGAGGAGAGAAGAUAUCAAGAAGGAUAAUAAUAACGGUGAUCUAUCUGUAGGUGCGGAGGAGCAGAUUUUAGGUAGUAACCAACCUGACAUGGAUGAUUGUGUGGUGGGUGACAAUCAAGAUGAGGAAGGAGAGGCAAUGGUUGAAGUGUCACCUUCAGAUGAUGAAGCUGGAGAUGGUAAUGAGUCAUCCUGGAGCAUGGAUUGUUCUACAGUUGUGAGAGUUAAAACAUUACACAUCAGCUCUCCUAUUUUAGCUGCCAAAAGUCCAUUUUUCUAUAAGCUCUUCUCUAAUGGAAUGAGGGAGUCAGAACAGCGGCACGUGACACUACGCAUCAAUGCCUCUGAGGAAGCUGCCCUUAUGGAGUUAAUGAAUUUUAUGUACAGCAAUACCUUAACUGCUUCUCAGGCUCCCCAAUUGCUUGACGUGCUAAUGGCUGCCGACAAGUUUGAGGUUGCUUCAUGCAUGAGGUAUUGCAGCCGACAGUUGCGUAACCUAUCCAUGACGCCAGAGUCUGCUUUGCUUUAUCUGGAGCUCCCAUCAAGUGUCUUGAUGGCUGAAGCUGUCCAGCCAUUGACUGACGCAGCAAAGCAAUACCUUGCAGCCCGUUACAAGGACAUGACCAAGUUCCAAGAAGAGGUAAUGGCCCUGCCCUUGGCUGGAAUUGAGGCAAUAUUAUCUAGUGAUGACCUGCAGGUGGCUUCAGAAGAUGCUGUAUAUGACUUUGUAUUGAAGUGGGCAAGGGCUCAGUAUCCAAAAUUGGAGGAACGGCGUGAAGUCCUUGGCGCACGCUUAGCACGCUACAUUCGCUUCCCUUACAUGACUUGCCGGAAGCUUAAGAAAGUUUUAACCUGUACUGACUUUGAGCAUGAUGCCGCAUCCAAGCUUGUUCUUGAGGCUCUCUUUUUUAAGGGCGAGCCGCCACAUCGGCAGCGAACCCUGGCAGCAGAGGAAUCGGCCACCUCAAAUCGUCGUUUUGUGGAGCGUGCAUACAAGUAUCGGCCUGUUAAAGUGGUAGAGUUUGAAUUACCCAGGCAGCAGUGUGUGGUGUACCUAGACUUGAAGCGGGAGGAAUGUGCAAAUUUGUUCCCUUCUGGACGGGUAUAUUCCCAGGCAUUCCACCUGGGUGGACAAGGGUUUUUUUUGUCAGCACAUUGCAACAUGGACCAGCAAAGCUCUUUCCAUUGCUUCGGGCUGUUUCUGGGGAUGCAGGAGAAGGGGUCGGUUAGUUUUGCUGUUGACUAUGAAUUUGCAGCUAGAUCAAAGCCAACAGAGGAGUUCGUUAGCAAAUACAAGGGAAAUUACACGUUCACUGGUGGCAAGGCAGUUGGGUACCGAAACUUAUUUGCCAUACCAUGGACGUCCUUCAUGGCUGAGGACAGUCUUUAUUUCAUAAAUGGUGUCUUGCAUCUUAGAGCAGAGCUUACUAUCAGACUCUAACUUAAUCCCUCACUUAUGAGCUUUCUGCUUAGAAGUCCUAACCCUUUUGAUUCCUUUCUCAAACUAGACAAAUAUGAAAUGUAGUAAGUAGGUACUAUGCCCAGAUUUAGUUUUGGUUUGAAGGUUGAAAUAUGGUUAGAGGUGUUCCUUUUCUUCCCGGCUGAAUCGUGCUCGGAAAUGAGCGGGGAAAUGUGAAUGUGGUUAUAUCUUGGCAGGGAAUGGGUUUCCGUUGUCACCACUUUUAUGUUAAGAAUGCAACUUCAGAACAAUACAGCUGAUUACUGUUGUACUGCUUAAUAUGUCGACUUUGUCUUAAUCUGGCUAUGCAGUUGUGUUGUUUUUAAA